AUGCCAGGCUCGCUCAACUUGGAGGUGCCGGUGCUUAUCAUCGGCGCCGGCCCAUCAGGUGCCACGACGGCGCUUCUCCUCGGCCGCAUGGGAAUCAAAUCCAUGUCGAUCUCUAGGCAUAGGAGCACUGCCAACACUCCUCGUGCGCACAUCUUCAACCAAAGGGCAAUGGAAGUCCUCCGCGAUGCCGGCAUUGAGGGCCAGAUGAAUGAAAUAGCCUGCUCACAUACCUCCUGGAUGGAAUGCCUAGCGGGCGAAGAGUUUGGACGUAUCUAUGCAUGGGGAAACAAUCCCAAGCAGAAGGGUGACUAUGAGCUCGCGAGUCCGUGUCAAAUGUCUGACUUGCCUCAAAGUCUCAUGGAGCCUGUUCUCGUUAAGGAAGCCACAAAGCUUGGGGCUGAAUUCCGCUUCUCUACCGAGAUGGUCAGCUUUGAGCAGGAUUCAGAUCGGGUCCGUGUCACGCUCCAGGAUCGUGACACCAACGACACCUACACUGUCACAGCGAAAUACCUCGUCGGAGCCGAUGGUGCCAACAGCAAAGUUAUCGAGCAACUGGGUAUUCCAAUCUCUGGAGUCACACACAGCGACGCCUUCAAUGUCCACAUCAAGUGCGAUCUCUCCAAGUACUUCAACCACAGAACCGGAAGCUUGAACUGGGUUCUGAACUCAAGUGCCCCCGAAUGGGCUGCGGUAGGAAACUUCCGGAUGGUUCGGCCGUGGGAUGAGUUCGUUGUGUCGAUGCAUCCCGCGUCCAAAGGCCUCAAUCCUAUCGAUCAGCCUGAUGACGUUAUCCAGGAACGCCUCCACCAACUAAUUGGAGACGAUACUGUCGACAUCAAAAUUCUCUCGACAUUCAGAUGGACUAUCCGUGAACAGUUUGCCGACAGAUAUCAAGAAAAACGAGUCUUCUGUAUCGGCGACGCAGUCCAUCGUCAUCCUCCUAUCAAUGGGUUGGGCAGCAACACCUGUAUCUCCGACGCUUUCAACCUUGCCUGGAAGUUGGCCUACGUUCUCAAGGGCUGGGCUUCUCCGACUCUACUGGAUUCGUUGACCCCCGAGCGCAAACCGGUUGGAGAUGGUGUCGUUCGACGUGCAAACGAUGGCAUGCUGGCUCACCGGAGACUGUGGGCUCUGAUUGGAACUGAUCCCGAAUCUCGCAAAAACUUCAGAGACACACUCGCAUCCGGAACCUCGAAGGGCGCGGAGGCUCGCGAGAAUCUUCGAAAGGCACUUGCGAAUACCCAAGAUGAAGUGCAGGCCCUGGGCAUCCAGAUGAACCAAGUCUACGUGUCGGAGGGCGUGGCUACUUUUAUCGAGCCUGGUGACGAACCGCCCACCUUUGGACACCUGAAUGCUCUCAGGGAGGUCAAGGUUAGCACUUAUCCAGGCUACCAUCUCCCCCAUGUCUGGGUGGCUGCCAAUGGGCAAGGUUCUAGAAUCUCUACUCUCGACAUCACUGGUCAGGGCCGUUUCACUCUCUUGACUGGCAUUGGAGGGGAGGCAUGGAAGGAGGCAGCCAAGCAGAUCUCAAGCACAGGAUCUGGAGUGGAAAUUGCCGCCCACACGAUAGGAUUUAGGGGUGACUUUAUUGACUGCUACAAUGAUUGGUUCAAUGCGCGUGGCGUGGGAGAGACAGGCGCUGUUCUCGUGCGGCCUGAUCACUUUGUCGCUUGGCGGUGCCAGGAACUCGUCUCUGAUCCUGUUGGCAAGCUCUGCGAGGUGUUGGACAGGAUCCUCGGGAAGAAUUUCCAGACGAACGAGGUCGCUUAG